AUGUCCCGCCCCCAGGUCAGCAUCGACCGUCUCACUCCCCGUCGCGUCCAUGCCGAACCCCGCGAAUCAAUGAACUGCAAGUCUUGCAGAAAACGAAAGUGUCCAUGCAUCUAUGGUCUGAUCCCAUCUGUCUGCCACUCCAACCCCGAACACUUACUCAUUCUGCUAGACGCCGUUCCCAAAAAGCGAGGACCCAAAACCGAUGUCCUGGAGGCCCUGUUGAAGCGUGUCGACGGGCUGGAAAAACGCCUCCAGGAAGACUCGCCGAUUUCCCCUACCUCGGCUACUUCACCCGUCAAAUCCAUGGACCAGCAACUGCUGCCAUCCGCCUCGACGCCAUUCCAGUUCCCUACGGCGCCUCAUGGCUUUCCCCCUCCCCCGCAAUCGCAGCCGCCGCCGCAGCAACACCGGCUGCCGGAUGCCAUGUUGGACACCUAUUUUGCCCGCCUACAUGGGAAGCCCUAUUGGAUUCUGGACGAAACGGCGACCCGUCAACGACAUCAGCAUGGACAAUUGCCGGUGCAUUUGUCUAUGGCCAUUUAUGCCCUAACUCUGAGAUAUACGACGCCGAAUCCACCGCAAGGGAGCCUGGAGUAUGCUCGUCAGGCAAGACGGCUGGUCGAUAUUGACAAUCCGUCUAUCGAAGGGACCCAGUCUCUGCUAUUGCUCUGCCAUACCUUUUUCGCCUAUGGGUAUGUGCGACGCCAACUGACGCAGACUGGUACUGACUGCUCAGCCAAUGCGGUGUCCAUGACCCUGGCGUUGGACUUGUAUCGAGAAGCACCCGCAGCGCUGCCCGCGGCAGAACGCGAGAUGCGACGGCGUCUAUUCUGGACCGUCUACGUGAUGGAUCGCUUUCUCACCUGUGGCUCCAAGCGACCGUGUCUUAUUGCCGACCAUUCCAUCGUCCUGCGUCUUCCGGGCAGCGGGUCUGAAACGGGCGAAUGGUUUAAUCCGGUCGGCCCUAAUAUCCACUACUCCCCGGAUCGUCGCAAAGGCCCUGGUGGCCCGGCCCUGUUGGUCGACAUUACGCGCAUUUUGGGCGUCACGCAUCGCUACCUCGCCGCAGGGGGCGUCAAAGGCGACUCACACUUUCCCUGGCACGCCCUCUCCAAUCUGUCCAAGAUCCGCCAGGAACUCGACCUCUGGGCGGCCGGCACACAGGAUUUGUUUGCAUCGAUCGAGACGCUGUUCGGCCAUCCAGAGAGCACGCUGCUGCUCCUGAGCAAGCUUAUCUAUCACCUCGUGCACUGUCUGCUCUAUCGGCCCUUCCUCCCCAUCGACCUGGUCGAACUGCGCGGCACGGGACAGCAUCAGUCGUGGCAGAUCGAGGCAACGACGCUCUGUUUUUCGCAUGCCAACGCCAUCGCCGAGCUGGUGGAGCUGGCCCGACACGCGCCACGCAUCGAGUGGCCCGCCCUGGUGGCAUACUGCGUGUGCACGGCUGGCACCGUACACGUACACGGAGUCCACUACCACGGGCGCGAGGGAGAAGUGUUUGCGUCGAGCGCAGACUUUCUCGCACGCGAGAUGCACCAGCUGUCGUGGCUGCGGCAGUACUGGGCGGGGGUGCAGCACCAGCGGGAGAUGCUGCAAAGUAUUUCAGCGUGCCAUGCCGAGCUGGUACGGACAAUGGCGGCGCGACCGGUGCGGUUUGCCCCGGUGUUCCACCUCGAGGACUUCCUGGACCGGUAUCCGGGGCUGGCCGUGGAUGGGGCGCAUUUGCGCUUAGUGGACGGAGACGAACCGUUACCACUGGACCGACCCGAUUUCAACAGACUCAUGUACCCUCCCGCAUCGACUCUACCCUCCCAAGGCCGAGGAUCCAUCAGCUUCCAGCCAUCGCCGACAUGGCCACAACCCGAGCUCGCUCUACCCGAGAGCAGUCUAGGCUUCUCACCAGGGGUGAGCAACUCCCCUGCACCAUUCCUCUCCGACCCUUUCACCGCACCAACACCGCCCGCACAGCCCCAGUACGCGACGUUUCCGUUUGAAGCCACGCCGGGCGGACCGGCACUGACGCCGGACGCCCCGUCACAGGGCAGCUCCAGCGCCACCGCAACAGGCACAGCUGCAGGAGCAGCAACAGGAGCGGGCGAAGGAGAAAAAGACCCAUUUCUGAGUCUGCUGGAGCAGCUGGCAGAAAACGAGCAUUCGCAGGGCGGACCCAGCGAGCUGGACUUUUUCCUGGGCGAGGGGCUAGAUAUGGUGAUGCCCGAGGUGGAGGUGGAGAAUCCUUGA